AUGUUCUUUUUGUUGUCCUUUCUUCACUUUUCUUCUCUUUCACUCUCAAACUCUCUCUUCCUGAAAUGUUCUUUUAUUGUCUUUCUCUUCCCCUUCUCUUUCUUCUCUCUCAGUAACCCCUUGCCUCCUAGUGGCAUUAUCUUCUCUCUUCCUGAUGAAUGUUCUUUUGUCCUUUCUCUUCACCUCUCCUCACUAAAUAACCCCUUUUGGCCUCUUCUCUCUUCCUUUAUUUUCUUUUUUGUUUCUUUCCCUCUCCUGAAUGUUCUUUUCCCUCUUGUCCUUUUUCUUCACCUCUUCUCUCUUCCUGAUGAAUGUUCUUUUCUCCUUUCUCUUCUCCCUGAUCAAUGUUUUCCUUUUAGUGGCAUUAUCUUCUCUCUUCUCUUUUAUUGUCCUUUCUCUUCCUCUCUCUCCUCACUAAAUGGCAUUCUUCCUCUCACUAAAAUGUUCUUUUAUUGUCCUUUCUCUUCGCCUCUCUCACUAAAAUUUCUCCUCUUUCCCUCUCAUAACCCCUUGCCUCCUAGUGGCAUUAUCUUCUCUCUUCCUGAUGAAUGUUCUUUUUGUCCUUUCUUUCUCUCUCACUUCUCCCUCUCAGUAACCCCUUUCCUUGGCAUUAUCUUCUCUCUUCCUGAUGAAUGUUCUUUUAUUGUCUUUCUCUUCCUUCUCCUCACUAAAUGGCAUUAUCUUCUCUCUUCUUUCUCUUUUAUGUCUUUCUCUUCUUUUAAAGUCUUCUCUUUCUCUUUCCUCUCAGUAACUCCUCCUAGUGGCAUUAUCUUCUCUCUUCUCAUGAAUUUCUUUUAUUCUCUUUCUUCUUUUUCCCUAUUUCUCUUCUCUCUUCCUAGUGGCAUAUUUUUCUUUUGA